CACACCAAUGAGUUGCUAGUUCGUUCAUUCGUUCCUUUCUUUCUGUGAUGCUGUGGAAGCGCGAGAUGGGUGUGCGGCCUGGAGCGGCUGAAAAGUCAAAAGCUGUGACUAUGACGCCACAGGAAGUGGAAGGUCAUUCCAAACAGAGUGCAGUACAGAGGCUGGCUAGUCUUCCCUUGGUGAGCUCCACCUGUCUCCUGCUGUCUGUUGUGUACUGUGCUGCUAAAGAGACUCACCCCUAUGUCAAGUCGCUGUGUGAGGCGACGGAGAGUGGCGUGAAGACCAUUGCUUCGCUGGCCGCCCCCAGCAUCACACCCGUUGUCAACAGGCUGCAGCCUCAAAUUGAUAGUGCAAAUGAUGUGGCCUGUAAAUGUCUGGAUAAGGUUGAAGAGGCCUUGCCAAUCCUUAACCAGCCCUUGGAGCAGGUUCUAGCAAAUCCCAGCGGUGUUCUGGCCCAAGCCAGAAAUGGACGGGUAGUGGUGGUUGAUGGUGCAAAGCAUACUCUGACGGUGGUGCUGAACAAGGCUGGUGUGAUGCUACAAGAGGCUGUGGGCCUCACCAAGGCUCUUGUGGAUGGGAGUGUGAAGGCUCUGUCGGGCAGUCCUGUGGUCCAUUUCAGCAGUGAGGCCUUCACUCUGGUGCUGGCAAAGUGUGAGACCCUGAUGGGUUUCUACCUGGGCCUACCUGAGGAACAGCUUGGGAAGGCUGAUGGAACAGUGAAAGACCCUGAGACAACCCCCAAAAAGCAGAGCAGUUGCAGGCUUCUGAGCUCUAUCUCCACAAGACUGCGGAAGAAACCAACCUGUCAGGAGGCUGCCAGAGACCAAGGCAACAAGGUCCACUCCAACAGUGGGGGAAGUGCAGUGAAGCAGCCAGUUCGUCGUGAAUUGCGGAACUCCCUGCCGAUGCCUGACUCUAAACAGCCCCAAUCCAGUAGAUGGGUCAAGAGAAGCCUUGUAUAUUAGCUCUGGUUCUUGCCAUCUUGUUUCCUGACUGUUUUUGGGGUAUUGUGAACCUUGUUUCACUUGUGCUUUUUACUGAUGUAUUUACCCCAAAUCAUAUCAGGCUUCUUGGAAUUCCCUAUGUAUCCUGUUGUGUAAUGGAUUACCUAAUUUUGUGCCUUCAAUUUGAAGUUAUUGUAACUUUUACUUUUCAUAAUAAAAAGCAUCCAAUUAUGUA